AUGAAAAUUAGAAAAAUGUCCCAACCAGCGGAAUUAAGUUUUGACGAAAUACUUAAGUUUAUGCUAGCAAAUAAUGGAAAAGUUACAAACCAUGAGUUAGUGAAACAUUUCAAAGUGUUUUUAAUGAAUCCGGACAUGAGAGAUGAAGCCCGAAAUACUUUUAAGAAGCAUGUUAAUGCUUUAGCCAUAAUAAAAAACCAAAACAAUGAGAAGUGGUUAAUUUUAAAAAAGAAGUAUUUAAACAAUCCUCUCGUCAAACAAACAGAAGAGGCUGUGGCAUCUAAAAGUGCUGAAUUGCCUGUGGUACCAAAUGUAUCUAACAUGGAAACAGAAUCUGUUCCUCAGUCAACAUAUAAACAUCCACCACCAUUACAAUUAAAUCAAGAUUUCAAUAUCUUAGCAAAUAUUAUACAAGACUCAUCAGCAGCUGCAACACCAACCCAACCAUCAGAAAUACCCAUAGAAAUUCCAGUUAGUGAAAGCAAAGAGUCUUUGACCACUGUGGAGGAAACUCCACCCAAAAUUCAUCCACGAAAAAAAUCCUCUGAUAAAAUUUUAGCAGAGAAAAGAUCAAGUGUUGUUAGCUUAAAUUUAGGGUCUCGUUCAUCAAUACCAAGUCAAGACCUGUCAGAAUUAAGUGAGAAGUCCACCUUAACAUUAUCAUCUUCUAGAAGUGAAAGUAUGUUAAUUGACAAUGAACAAAAAAUAUCUGUUAAAGAGAGGAAGCAAAUGUUUAACAGGAUGGCAUCGGAGAGUGAUGUUCUCAAGACUCAAAAACUGAGCUUUAACAAUUCGAGUGUUGACGAAGAAGACAGAGCAUCGCUUGAACAAAAGGAAACGGAUCCAUUGGAUUCCAAGCAGAAACAGUGGAUCCUAUGCGCUGCGAGGGGCGAGUACCAUUCUCUUGCCAAAAUGUGCAAAGAGAAUGCCAAAUUAGUGCGAACAAAGGAUCCCUUCACGGUAAGUACCGCAAUGCAUUGGGCGUGUAAAAGAGGGGAUGAAAAUUUGGUGAAGCUGCUCGCUGGCAUACAUCGAAACAUAGUGAACGAACGUUCGAAUGGAGGGUACACACCAUUACACAUUGCGAUGCAGUUCAGACAUGAAAACGUCUAUAGACUCUUGGUUGAAAUGUACGAUGCUGAUCCAAAUAUGAGAGAUUGGUCCGGUAAGAAGGCGCGACAAUACCUUGUGCAUAUGGAUACGUCCCUGUCACCAGGAUCUUAUAGGAAAAAGGAGGGUUUCUUGCGCAUCGGCUCCUUAAACGUUCGUGUCAAGAAGACUACAGAGGCAUUCAGUAAUUUCCUGGGUGUUGGCGCUACUAGGACGGCGUAUGUACAUAAAAGAGCUGAUGUCGAUAGGCGGUCCGAUGACGGUGAACUACAUAAAUCAUGGGGUUCUGCAGAUAAUAUUCAGAAAGAUGAUAAAUCAAUGCCACCACCGUUAAGCAGUAAAGUGCGUCGUCGCGGUGCCAGCGGCCGGAGAGGAGUUGCAAAUCACAGUAGAAGCACGCCCUCUACACCCGACCAGGUAUUAAACUCUUAUAAUUAUAACAAUAAGUCCUUUUCUGUCAUUAACAAAGUGUUUAUAUAA